AUGGACGGAGACAGGGCCUUCCAGCUGGAACCGGAGCUGGCGAGGGCCCAGGGCUUGCCGCCCUCAGGCAGGUAUAAGAGCCAUGGACAAGGGCCUGGAGCUAGGCAGAGGUCCACCCAAGGACUACUGCGCACAGAGGCCCAGGUGGACGGGGUUGCUCCCCUUUCUGGGGAGAUUGAUCAGGAAGGCAUUGUUCUGGACAGGCUGGAGGAGGUCACCAGAGGCCCAAGGAUUGGCAGGCCCAGCCAGGUGGAGGAUGCCCUGUCUGGGGAGGAGGGGGAGGAGGAGGAGACCGAAAAGGAGAAGGAAGCUCCAGCCUCAGUCACAGCUCCUGCUUUUGAAGAUCCCACGGAAACCCACCUUGCAGAAGCCAGCCAGGUGCUGGGUGCCUCAGAGAUUAAGCAGCUCAGCCUCCACCUGCCUCGGAGAGUCACUGGACACUCUUGGCGUCUGGCCUUCUGCACGGCGAGGGACGGCUUCAGCCUGCGGAACCUAUACCGGCAGAUGGAAGGCCACGGUGGGCCGGUGCUGCUGGCACUGAGGGACCAGGAUGGGCAGAUGUUCGGGGCCUUCUCCUCCUCGGCUCUCCGACUGAGCAAAGGCUUCUACGGCACCGGCGAGAUGUUCCUCUUCUCCUUCUCCCCAGAGCUGAAGGUCUUUAAGUGGACGGGAAGCAACUCUUUCUUUGUGAAAGGAGACUUGGAUUUACUGAUGAUGGGCAGCAGUAGUGGCCAGUUUGGGCUGUGGCUGGACGGUGACUUGUAUCGUGGGGGAAGCCACCCCUGUGCGACCUUCAACAAUGAAGUGCUGGCCCGGCAGGAGCAGUUCUGUGUCAAGGAGCUGGAGGCCUGGGCACUGAGCUGACGUCCUGCGGUGGAGCAUCUCCCCUAGCACCAGGGAUUGGACCUGUUCGUGGAUGCCCCCUACAUCUGUCUUCUGUAGGCAGCCUAGGCUGCCUUUUCUGUGGGGGACAUGGAUAUCCAAACACCCCAGCACUGACUGGCUGUUCACCAGCUCUGCUGCGGAGUUGGGACCCAAGGCUGGAAUGGAGAUUAGCAUUAUUAUCUGAAGAAGUAACUUUGAAGGAGUUAGGGGUACCUCUUAUCCAGUAGGUGCAAAGUCCUUCAUGAAAAUUAUCUUCUGAGAAAUUCAGAUC